GUGUUUUACGACUCCCUGACGUAAAGCCAUUUCCAUCGCAUGCGCAUUUGUUAGGCAGUUCGCAGGGCAGAUCUCUGUUGCCUUCAAAGGUUUCAUGGUGUUUUACUUAUUGCAGACAUGGAUCCGGGUGAUGCCAAGGAGCCACUGCGCCAUUACCGUCCGAAAAAUGCUCCCAAAUCUCCGUACACCAGAGUCAAAAUCGACAGAGGGGCUCAUGGAAUAAGCGACGUGAGGUGUUUUCCUGAGCAGCAGGAGGAGGACGCUGACUUUGAAUUUGUUAGCAUGCCGGACUCCAGUCCCUCUAGCUCUAGCGCCGCCGGUAGGGGUGACUUGAAGCGUGCGGAGCGUGAUAGAGCGAAGGGUCCGCCAACAGCGCCGCGACGUGCGCUACUCCAGGCACCUGUAGCGCCGCAGGUGAGGAAGGAAGCUCCCAAACUUGGACCACGCACCCCGGAGAAGGCAACAGGAGCAGCGCAGCCGGUGGCAGUAACGAUGCAGCAACCAAUGGAGGACAGUUUGUAUGAGCCGAUGGACAUAAUUGGCAAGCCGCUGAGCCUAUUCACAAGUACUUCACCGUGUCCCACACCUCCAUUAGGCGUCAAAAAGGAACACUCCCAUGCCACAGUACAGAAUCUGCCCGUCGGAGAAGGGUUUGAGGAAUCAUUUGAGUACGAGCCCCUGGACAUAGUGCGGAGCAAGGCUGCGUCGCUAGGAAGCCAGGGCACUGGGACACUUACAGCAGGCCAGCUAAGAACUCUGGGUGCAGCAUUCAAGUCAGGGGAUUCAAUGGAGCUGAAUAGUUUGUACGUGCGGUCGCCCAGUUCGAACGGAAAGUCGCCCCUACUGGAGACAGGAGCCAACACUUUGGUGGAUGACGGCGGUGAUGGUGACGUGGUUGGUACGAUUAGGAACUUGCCCGACAACGGUGGACUGGAUGAGUCUUUCGAAUACCAGCCAUUCCAGGUGUCGUCCGGUAUGUCCCUGUCCGCUGCGAGCAAACCCGUGAAAUCGGCAACUCGAGAGGAGCAGGGCGAGGCGCAGAGCAUGCAAGAAGACUACCUGGUGCCAAGUGAUCUGGAUCCCAUGCUGGGGAACGCUGACGAUGUUGGCGAGACGGCGUCGACUAGCGGUGGUCCGUAUGCCUACACCGUACACGAUCGCCGCUACACUGUGGACAGUGUCGACUCCCUGCCGCCGCAGAAAGGAACAGUAGCCGGCCCGAUGAGUCAGACGGGCACUGACGGCUACGUAGUCACGCACAAGGAGUGGGUACGCAUGUCGCGGCGCCAGCCACACGCAACACAGCUCGCAGCCGGCUCACGCACAACACAGCCUGCAGCCGGCUUCACCACGGAUGAACAGGCACAGUACGUUGAUCCUGCACAGCGCCUGCCUUCGCCUCUACCCGGUGGUACGCUUCCAGCUACCAGUGCUUAUAUGGAUUUCGAUGGCGAGGAUAAGAACAAAUCAAGCACCGUUUCAGGACCGCGUCUUCCUCUAACCCAGUCUGAUUCCUCAGCUUCGUUCUAUCAGCCACUUGUAAACCCUGAGCAUUUCCUGCCCUCCGAGACAUAUUACCAGAGGCUAAUGGACCUCAGCAAGACGAAUCGCAAGCACCGUAUGGCAAUGAUGCCGCCUCUAGACCCGAAGCUCAGCGCCAGCGAGCAAUAUCGACAUCGUAUUGUCCAGCACCUACUGGAGACGGAAGAGUCCUACAUCAAAACACUCAGGCUUCUCUUGGACACGUACGCACCAGCUAUUGCCGACCUGCCGAGCCGCACAGGCCUAGUGCGUCUGCUCGAGAAGCUGCGCGUCUUCUUCACCACCAUUCAGAAGAUCUUGAGCCUCCAUCACAUGUUCAAGAUUGGCUUAUCCGGCCCAGUCUCCGACUGGAGCAGCAAGCAGAAGAUAGGCACUGUGUUUGAGGGCGGUUUUUCCAAAGCCAUGGUCGUGGAAGUGUACAGUGAAUACAUUGAACAAUUCUCGACGGUGUCAACGGCUGUGCAGACCGGCCGCAGAACUCAACAUCUGUUUGCCGAAGUCCUGCGGUGUUGCGACCAAGAGAAUGGUCUGCGGCUGAAUCUCGAGUCUCUUCUUCUGAGGCCUGUGCAGCGCUUUCCACAGUUUCUGCUCAUCAUUCAGGACCUACUCCGCCACACAGAGAAGGAUCACCCGGAUCGUGUACCCCUCCAGCUGGCACUGACGCGCAUUGAGAAUGUCACCGAGCAGCUGAACCAGCGCAAGCGACUCAGCGACCAGCUCCACCUGGUCGACCGCCUGCGCAACCGCAUCAUGAACCUGCCACUGGAUAUGUUUGCGGAGAAGGUUCGCCUUGUCAGCCAGGAUGAAGUUUGCCAAGUGAAAGUCAAACUUGGAAAGUCCUUGUGGAAGAAGCGCUGUCUGUUCCUCUUCUGCAAUCAGCUUGUCUGUACGUCAGUUCUCCGGCCGUCUUCGCCAUUUGCUUUACGAAGCCCGGACGACUACAGCUACAAGUUCAAGUGGAGAAAACGCCUCCAGGAUGUCACCAUCAUCGCCAGCGACUUGGAUGAAGAGACUACCUCUGCAAAAGUCGUCUCCAAGCAGUUCAAGACCGGGCAGGCGGAGGAGACCUACUUCCCCAAACCGGAUGGAGGCGACUUGGCAUUGCAGCUACGGCACGAGAGAUCGGUGCUGCUACACGAUAUGAGAAUGGUCACGAAGAUUGCUGCGCUUGUGGCAACUCUGCGUCAAGAAAGGCUGCCCAUCACCAUGCAGGCAGUACAGGAGGCAUCACAGUCCAUACAGAAAAGACUCACUGUUGUGGAGGAUGAGCUACGCCGUUGUGAAGCGUAUCGCCUCGACAUCGGCAUUCCUGAAUCCAUGACUGGCAGCAGUAUCCGACACCUCAGCUUCAUCAUGUCCAGUCCGUCCGCUCGUUUCAGCUGGGUGAAGUCGUUCAACCGUACCAAACUCAUGCUGGCCGAGGCCGAUACGCCGAGCUGGCUUCACUCGGGCAGCAACGGUAGCGGGCUGACGGCUGAUCAGAUCCGUGUGUGCAGCCUGGAGUCACCGCUGCUUGUGCAUACUGUGCCCGUCAUGCUGACCAGGGACUCCAUGACAAUGGAGCUUGGCGUUCAGGUCACCGUACCCAACACACUGGAAGGCAUGACGCAGUAUGCACCACCCUACAUCUGGGUGUGCAGUAAUGGAGGUGCCACGGCUGCACAGAUCAGCAUCAUUGCAGGCGUGCACGUGGAUCCCGUCAUCGUCGAGUGCUUUCAGUGCGUCCAGUCACGUGUGCUGUGCAUGAUCUUCGUACCGGGUGAUAACAGCACUCUGAAACCUAAGCGUGGCGGUACUGACACCAAUGAGCCGGAAUCCACUGUAUGGAUUGGUACGCAGAGCAAGACUAUCCAGGUGUUCAAGGCUGGCAUGAGUGAUGCCAGGAUGCCACUACUUCAGCUCAAAUGCGUCGACAGUGUCCUUUCGCUUGAGUACUUCAAUGAAUAUCGCUUUGCUGGCUUGGCUGAUGGAAGUGUAGUGAUGUUCAGCAAGAACUCCAGUGGACUAUGGGAUUCGAAUAACUGCUCUCGUGUCGUCUUGACAACGCAGCCUGUGACCUGUGCCGCCGUGUUUGGCGAGGAGGUGUUCCUGGCAGCAGGGCACGACAUCCACGUGAUCAGCACGCUGUCGAAUACCGUUGUGGAGACGUUCAACAGUGCGGAGAACGCAAACAAGAAGAAAGAGGUGCAGGCUGUUCACGGUAUGCUGGGUAUCGGAAUUGGCCUGUGGCUAUUCCACAGACACAGUGCCUUCAUCAAGCUUAUCCAUGCCGAGACCAAGGAAUUCAUGCAGGAGUUUGACAUCCAGUCAACGGUUCGACGCCACCAGAAAGAGCUCGGCCUUUCUGACACUGCCGUGGAUCACCUGUAUGUCACCAAGCUGGAGCACUCACCCGGACAGCUCUGGAUUGGAACUAGCUGCGGUGUGGUGGUCUUGCUGCCUGUUCCCAGACUGGGUGGAGUGCCAAGGGUGAUGGGCUCUCCUCUCAUCUCUCACCACGGCAACGGGGGUCCAGUUCGAAUCAUCGUCCCGGUGACAUCCCAGAUGCAACUGUCGGUCAGUGACCAGCCAGUGCAGUUUCCCGGGGACAAGCCAAUGUCUUCGCCACCAUCCCUAUCACCAUCACCAUCACCAUGCCCAGCACCCGGACAAAAAGGUGUCGCAUCUCCUCUGGCGACUGGCUCAGCGCAACCUUUGCCUGUGAGCUCAGCAAAGAAAGUUAACAUUACCAGUCCAAAACGUCCACCUGGGCCGCCUCCCCUACCACCUGACCCGAUCACCAAAGCAGAGAAGCCAAGAAACGCACCUCCGCAACUGGACACCAUUUCAGCGGACAUGCGGCCGAGAGCGGAAUCCGGUGCCUACGACCGUGCCGCUGAUAUGGGGGAAGACGCGUCGUCGAUUUACGAUUCUGUGGAAGGUACAGACCGGGUCCAAGCAGAAGGCACCUUGCCGGGAAGUUCUCAGCCUCCCCAUCACGGUACUAUGCCGGUGACUGAGGGCAGGGAACGCGAAGAAAUAAAAGAAAUGACAGCGGAGGAGGAAGAGGAAGAGGACGACGAGUAUGUGCAGGAGGCGUCUGCUGAGCAAGCAAAGCGUGCUACCAACACCAAGAAAGCUGCGGCUCAGCAAGUCACGGAGCCUAUCUACGAACUUGCUGGAAUGCCAAACUUUGGAGCCGUGACAAACAAGUAUAGCUAUAAUCGCCUGCAGUGCGGCACGCUAACAGCGUCCCCCGGCAGCUCACCAACGCCAAACCACACGCAGCAGGAUCAGAGUUCGUACACAUCACUGUUUGAGCACGCUGAGCCCAUUGACCCGGCCGCUUCCAUUGAGGAGCGACGGCGUAACUCCAAGUUCAAGCGCAAGGGCACGGACCAGAUUGUGAUCGAGCAGCAGUACAUUGUGUGCGGAGGCCUUGGCGCCGCCUAUCACUUUGAUGCCAAGUCCAGCAAGUCUGCACAGCUACAGGAUACUGGUGGACAGCUUCUCGUCUGGGAACUGCACGAUUGAUGCAAGUGUUUGGACACAGUGAGUGUACACGUACUCAAGUUGUGUUGGUCAUGUGGAUGCCCUGGGCCAGGUCCGGAUCGUUCAUUGUAUCAUGCCCCUCGGGAACGUUACAGAGUAUUGCCAUCUGUUGUCAGACUUAACUUCUUCGGAAUUCCGUGUUUUCCCUGUCAGACUUAACUUCUUCGGAAUUCCGUGUUUUCCCUGUCAGACUUGCUGACCAGCUAUACACUAGCCUAACUGUAUUACCCUAGGACACCAUCCACAUAGUUUUAGGGAGUUUCCGUUAUUCACUUUACUUGAUAAAUAAAAGAUUAUGCUGGCCAUAAUCUCUGCAGCCAGUGUUUCAAUUCCCGCUGGAUAGUUCUAUAUUUUCUAUAUUUUCUAUAUUUUCUUUUCCUUUUAAACCCUAUUUCACUAAUAAUAGCAGCAGAGCCACUGAUGCCAUACUCUGCUUAUCAUUUUAUAUUUUAUAAUUCUGCAAUCACACUAAAUUACCCACGUGUAUAUUCAUGCCCAGCUUAUCGCUGCAUUCCUAUUAUUGUAGGUCAACAGAUUUUUUUAAUGAUCUGAAUUUUUGCAUGGCGCAUGACCGUUGAGAUUUUUUGAUAAGAUUUUCCUCCCCCUAUUUUUGGUUUGAUAAAGAAUUGAUAUUCUGCUUAAACUCGUUGUGCAUCGCUCAAGGGGGUUAGACUCUUCUUGUGUGUAUGCGUAAACAUUUGAAGGUUAUCUAUGUGCCAAUUGUUGAUC